ACCCGCACACCAUGACGAAAUAACAUUGGUCUUCAUCGGACAGAAAAGAGAAACCUGUGGAAAAGAAGUCAUGACGCGAAAUCUGUGGCAUGGCAGAAAUGCAAAUGUUUAAAAUGUUUGUUAUUCAUUCAUUUGAUCACAUUAUUUAUCACUCACAGACUUGCUUACCCAUUCCCAACUACAAUCCAUCCAUCAUCUGUGAGAACUUUCUGAUGUUGGUGAUACUGCAUCAGGAACUGAUUGGAUGAUAUCUAGGAGCCAUCAGUUCUUGAUGCACUCCCUUCAGCAUCGAAAGAGACACCCGCCGAGUCUUUGAACUUUUACAAUCCAGUACAUGGAUGUGAACAAUAUUAAAGUGUAAGAGAUUGUUUUGAACAGUUUAUAAAGAUACUACAAACAGAAUUUAUAAUCUGUUUGUUUGAGCGGCCAGAUAUAGUAAUUAGUGUAUUGCUGUGGUUAUUUUUCCAACUUGUAGAAUUGGUGAAACAUCAUGUUACACACUGUUUUGUUAAUUUUUCAAUAAAGUUACGAUACUUUACAUAUUUUUCUGAAUAGAAAUGAUCUCUACUCUCCAUGACACCAAAACUUUUAACCAAUAUACUUUAAGAUACAUACCCAUGUGCUCAUUUUUGUACAUACAAUAGCCCCAAAGUAUUCUAACACCUUUCAGCAAGACACACUUAAAAUGUCUCUGCAUUAGAGCACUGCAUUUUUGACAGUUUAAUAUCUAAAUGACAUUUGGUUCGAUAUUCGCAACGCAAAAAAAACAUUUGAAAAGCGUCGCCUCAAUGCGGAGUCACAGUUUUUGCCUGAGAAAAGAUACAGCGCCAUCUGCCGGUUAACUUAAUUCUGUGCAACUGAGCUGUAGUUUGAGUAAACAUUAAAAUUAUACAUUUUUAUACAGUGAAACUUGGUGUAUGUAACAGAUAAAAGACAUUUCGUAUUAACGACGGAAACUAGCUUUGAAAAAAAUGAUAUACUGCAUCUGUAAUAAGUUUAACAACUUAACAAUAACAAUGAGCGCUACAAGUACCUUGUGCCACUGUUUAUUAUCGUCCCCUAGUGGCCGCCAAUGCUAUUACCAUUGAUCAGCACAUGGAGUAACUCCACUCUGAUUAGUCGCUUUUAAAAUUGUAUGCAGUUUGAGAGCGUCGAGAUUGUAGCAUUGUUGUUCAAACGACUUCUGUUGUACCAUUUAAGAGUUAAAAAACACCGGCAGCUCAUAUGAGCUCGAAGAGAGGCAGAAUUAAACGCACCAAAAAUGUGCGUAAUUUGGAUUCGUUUGAUGCGGCUUCACUAGCGCAAUCAAUAAUAGAGGAACAUUCAAAUAUUAUACCUGUCGGGCGACAGUUAGAGAGGACACCUCCAUCCAAAAGUGAAAGAGUCACAAUACACCAGCCCAGCAAACCAAAUGGUUCGCCAACAUCAGGACAAGUGGUCAAAGAAGAGCUGUGUGGCCAGGAAAUAACUAAACACCUUUCUUGCAAUGGAUCAAAUGAAGUUCUCCAGCACCCUAAUGUUAAAGAUGAGAGGAAGUCCGUCAGGAGGUCUAGUUCUACAGCUGCAUCAGCAACGCCUGGGAAUGCCAACCCUGAAAUCUUCAUCCAGGGAAUGGAGGGAUACCAAUGGACAGACACAGACCUGGAGUUUGUCUAUCAAACCAAAUGGAAAAAGCAAAUUCAACAGGCACAGCAAGAGUUAAGCAACUUGAAGUGGUCUCUGAAGAGCACGAAGCAAACGCGGGAUAUGGAGCUUACUGCACUUGACAAAAUACAAACAGAGCUUUCUAAGGUGUUGGCAUGUGAACGAAUACAGCAAAUUUCCAUGGAAGUACUUCUGAGGUCUCAGAGCUCUAGUCAGCUGGAAGGACUUGAUCUCAAAGCCCUCCUUGCACAGCUAAAGGUUGCUGAUGUGCACUGCACUACUGCUGAGGAAAAGACAGAGGUCAGCAAACUCAAGACAGAGGUGGAAAAAGCACAAGUAUUGAGAGAGAAAGAGAAACAACUCACAAAGGACAUUGACAGCUAUAAGAUGAACAUCAACCAAAUCAAGGUAAACAUAGAUGCACUGACAACAGAAAUAUCUGCUCUGGAAUCCCAGCUGUCUAGCAAAGAGGAAGCACCACAGUCAGCUAAACCACGUCAAAAAGCCCAAAGAGGCACUAAACCCUCUACUGCCCCUAAACCCCCCAAACCCCCUGCCUCUCCUCCUGCUUCAAAAACCUCCAAACCUUCGGCUGCUCCCAAAACCUCCAAACCUCCUGCUUCCUCUCGUUCUCCCAAAACCUCCAAACCUUUGGCUGCUCCAAAAACCUCUGAACCUCCUGCCUCUCCUCCUGUUCCUAAAACCUCCAAACCUCUGGCUGCUCCAAAAACCUCCAAACCUUCAGCUGCCCCAAAAACCUCCAAACCUUUGGCUGCUUCAAAAACCUCCAAACCUCCUUCCUCUCCUCCUGCUUCAAAAACCUCCAAACCUACUGCUACCCAAAAAGCCAAGACUGCUUCAAAACCCUCCAAACCAACCACUGCUCCAAAGGCCCCGGAGGGUGAUGUCGGAGACCUCCGCCGCUCGAAAAGAAUCGCUGCUAAGAAAGAGAAGUGAAGAAUCUGCUCAGAAAUGCUCCAGAUCAGUGUUCCCCAAGUUGGCAUCAAGUUCCUUCACCUCAGGAAGUCUUCUUCAUAUGUUCUGACUUAUUCAUUCAGGACAGAACUCUUUUUGAAAACAUGUUUUAAUGAACAAAGAUUUAAUUUAGGCUUUUAGACUUGAAGGGGGUCGUUUGGUGCCCUCUAGUGGAUAUUUAGAGUUUAGCAUUAAUGGACACUGUGGUGGUUAUCAGAUGUAAUUCUGUCUACAGUCUAAUGUUUUUACCACACAUUAAUGUAGUUCCACAUGUUAAGAGUGUUUUUUUUUUUUCUUUGGAGAUGAAUAAACAU